AUGAAGAAUUGUCCAGGAAUCUUGACAGCUCUUUUGGGGACGGAAAUAUUUGGCUUCAAUGUCGAAACUCAGCAGCCAGUGGAACAUAAAGGCGAUAUCGACAGUUACUUUGGCUUUUCUGCUGAUAUUGAUGACAGUAAAAGAAGAAAGAAAAUCCUUGUUGGAGCCCCAAAAUUCCAGGGGAAUGGAAGUGUAUACGAAUGUGACGUCAUCUUUGGCGAGAAUAGUUCUUGCACAAAACUUCAAGAUCCUGAGUACCUAGACCCGUACGGAAGCUAUGUUUCGUCGAAAAACUUGGUCCCGGACCGAGGGCAUCGAUUGCUUGGAGCAGCGGUGAAAUAUACCGAUGAUAGUGAGAAGAUCUACUGCGCGCCUGGAGAUGGCAAGUGGAAACAUGUUUAUCCAUACGACAGCUCAGAUCUGCAAGAAAAAGAAAUUGAUAAAUUCAUCACUGGAGAUGGCGACUUCAGAUUCCGUCGAUUUGGAUCGUGUUGGAUCGAUGACGAAAGAUACCAACUGAGCGACGAUGGCAAGGGAAAAGGAUGGAGAAUUAUUGAUCGAGAAAGAGAUGUCGUCAUUUCAGCACUAGAUACUUCAAAUGCAAAUGGUGUUCUUCUGAGCUACUCGUCGAUAAACUCCGGAGGGCGGAAGAUCUCGACGUCUCAACGGCUUAAAAAAAUUGUUCCAGGAGACGAGGUCUCGAGAAAAGAAGGGUUCAAAUCUGGUGCUGAUUUUCUCGAUAUUCCUUUUGGCCCAUCAAAGGGAAGACUUCUAGUUGGCGCGCCGCAAUUCGACGGAGUCACGAAAAAUGGAAUUGUUUUGAUUGCCGACGGCAGUAAAUUCCUCAAGCCAUCGGAUUUCUCCGACCUAGACGAGUUCUGCAUUCAAGCUGGACAACAGUUUGGCCAUUCUCUCGCCCUUGGGCAAAUUGAACCAAAUCAAAAAGCAUGGCUAGCAGUUGGAGCUCCUACUUGGUCAGAUCUUCAUCAUGUCAAGGCAAAUCUUGGGAAGGUCUAUGUUUAUGAAAUGACUGCAGAUGGAGAAUUCACGGCUAAAUUUGUCUUGGAAGGAGAUAAAGAUGAUCAGUACUUUGGAAACGCGCUUGUUGGUGGAAUCGAUCUGAAUUAUGACGGGUAUGAAGAUUUGAUUGUUGCGUCGAAAAACAAACUUUCUGUUUUCAAUGGAAACAAGGAAAAUCUUCUGAACACAGACAUUGACCCACAAGUCAUCCCAACUUCAUCAAUGACCCGGCAACUAACCGUUUCCCGAAAUCUCCUCCUUGCUGGAAUCCCUGAAGACUCGACCGUUAAAGUCUAUCGAACUCGGCCAGUCGUUGAAGUGACAUUCGAGCAAAAAAUGAAAGACGACUUGAUUCCUGUUUCGACAAAACCAGUAUCAGAGACAAUUAUUGACUGGCAAGCUUGCGCAGAGUUUGUAGAAAAGAGCGCGAGAAAUCGUGAUGGUAGCGAAGUUACUCUUGCAGGAUCAACCGUCUCAAUCAAACUGGACAGCAAAUAUUCCUCCCCUCGAUUAACCUACAAAAACAAGUCCGAAUUUGACCUUCCGCUCCGAAAAGAAGGAUCAAAAAUGUGCACCAAAGAGAUCAAAAUGACCGUCACAAGCACGCAACUUUCGUCAAAAAUCCGCCCUAUUGUUGUCAGCGCAAAAGUCAAUGCAAACAUUCCAGAGGGGAUCAUGGCGCCAAUAUUGAGCCCCAUUUCGCAAAUUGAAGUUGACAGAGAGCUAGAAUUCGAUAGAAACUGUCCGCCAGAUAAUUUAUGCAAUUCUAAGUUGCAAGCAGAAAAUGAUGUUACAAUCAACCAGCCAAAUCUCGCCGCCCGCACCCAGAAACUCACGAAUUCUAUCAUCAUGGACACAAAAAACGUCGUUACAGUCACAAGUUUACUCAAGGUCGGUCCCCAACAAAGCUACGGAGCUGUUCUUGAAUAUGUUCAUCCUCUUAUCACCGCUAAUACGACUGCUUACACGGAGGGCAGUCAAAAUUGUGAACAAAAAGAUGGAGUCAGAACUUGUCAAAUCGGAAACCCGCUUCGGCCGGGAGACUACAGAUUUGAGACCACUUUUACUUUCGAUGAUCCGAGGGCUAGAGAAGAAAUGUCAAAACUUCAAGUCAACUUUUUGAACGAAAACAAGCGACCUCAACCCUCUGAAUUUGAGAUCGAUAUUCCAAAUGCCAUCGUUCACAAUCUUCCUCUCAAGUCAAAGACCUACAUCAAAUCUGGCGAGUUUCCUGAUGAGCCAGUGAGCAAGGCGUUCUACAAUGACGAAACAGAAGGGAUCGGUAGAAGCACUUUGAAAUUCGAAGUGAAUUUUCAAAUCUUCAAUCUUGGCCCCGCGAGCUUUAGAAAUGUCUUUGAACGGGUCAAAGCUUUUUAUCCAAGCUCUUUCAAGACCGAACACGGGGAUAAAUUGAAAGUCCUAACUCCUACUUCGAUGAAACUUCAGCAAACUCAAGGGAAAGAUAUCCUGACAACUGUUAAUUGUGAGCAUCAAAAAGCCAAGAAAUCGAAGAAAGCUGCUGCGGUGGAGCCAACAGUCCACUAUCAAGAUUAUAGCUGCGAAAAUUCUCUUUCCUGCGAUCAAAUCACGUGCCCGAAGCCACCACGACCAAUUGACUUCAAAGAUGGCCACCGGCUAACUUUAAAGGUCGAAUUUGAUGUACAUGAAGACUUGUUUUUUGUUGUCAGCAAUCACUCGAGGAUUUUUACGAGAUUAGACUUUGACGUUCAUGAAGAGGACUUUAUUUAUGGCUUUGGAGCACAAGCUUUUUCGAAAACAAUAACAAACGAACUCCAAGUCCAACUGAAGAGUCUUUCACGGACCGAAUCCAUUCCAUUUUGGGUAAUUAUUGUCGCCGCUCUCGGCGCGUUCCUUAUUAUUUUGAUCGUCGUCCUUAUCAUGUGGAAGAAGAAAUGCUUUGAAUACGGCCCAAAGACGACGCAAGCCACCACCUCGAAGGCUGAAACUGCCCCGAUGCUACAGGCGAAAACUGAAGAUAUUCAGUGA